AUGCCUGACCGCAGCAAUACCGAGCGUGAUAAGUCUGAACUGCCCAUCGACAUUAUCAAAGUCAUCUUUGACCAUGCCGCGGCCAUCGAUCCCCCACAGCGAUCGCCGCCGCAUCGCAGCUUUUACUCCUAUACACCCUCUACUCUCGGGUGGAUCACACUCACGCAUGUCUGUGCCAACUGGCGCAAUGUCGGUCUGAGCAUGCCUACCUUAUGGGCCGCCAUUGCCGCCGUGUUUCUGAACACCUCUGCUGUAAACACGUUUCUCGCACGCGCAGGCAGCUGCCCUCUCACAAUCGAUCUCACCAAACAUCCCUUGGGCGAACUCCGGGGACAUACCAUGAUCUCCUGCCUAAGGAAACACCUCUCGCAAGUCAGCGUUUUGGAAGUGGGAACUUUUGGAGUUUACGAUCUACUGCGUGCCGACGGCGAGGCACCUUUGUCAACGCCCGCUCUUUACAAGAUUCGUGUAGGGCAUACGGCGUAUAUUCCUUCCGGCGAUGAAAGCGAUCUCAACCGCUUUCGUAUAUUGCAGUUGAAUGCCACAGAGCUGCGUUCCGCUACUCUCACGAACGCCAUCCUACCAUCUGACUGCGUGCGAGGUCUGCGCGAACUACGUUUGAAACUCACGCAACAUCACUCGCCAUCUCUAAGCGACCUGCACGACUUUAUACGCUGCUGCUCACAGCUCGAGACUUUGGACAUCGCUUUCACUUGUCCACGGGCGGAACCCGAUGCGGGUUAUCGCGCACGAGAAAUCCCUCUGAACAAUCUCAAGCGCGCCGUGCUAUCGGCAUACUCGCAAGAACAACUCUGCCAGAUAUGGGGGCCCAUCGUCGGGUGCGACGAUAUCGUCCUUGACCUGAGCUGUACAGGGACAGGACCGACAAUGCCCCCAAACGCCGUGCCCGCGCUCUUCACAUUGUGCGCAGCGCAAUUGCUCUCCACGCAUUACGAUGCCAUAGAGUUGACAGCCCAUCAUGGGCUGAAGAUCACUAUAUAUCAGCUCUCCACGCAACGCGUCUGCCACUCGUGGGCUCUCUCCACAGUGCAGCACAACCGCGUCCAUCUGCUCUCUGUUCUUCCCCGCCAUAUCCGCGCAGAACUGAUCCGCUCUCUAUCUCUCGACUCAACGCUACUUCAGAGCGACCAGAUUAGCCACGUCUUCCGCGCUUUCGGGUCUGCAAUGACGGGUCUGACAGAUCUGAAGCUCGGCGGCAUGAAUCAGUGGCCCGCGUCGUUGUACAUCCGCGCACUCGGUCGCGGGAGGCCGACGCCCGCGUUUCGCGCUUUGCAGCGCCUGACGAUAACCGACAUGGAGCUCGGGGGCAAGUCGUUGGAUCGCGAGCGCUCGCACGCCCAGUAUUGGUGGGACGCGCUUCACGAGGCCCUCAUUGCUCGACUGUGCACUGGUGGUGAAGCAUUUAGGUUGCGCCGUCUCGUCCUUGACGGAACUUGGUUGGGGGUCGAGCUGUGGGAUCUGGGUCAUGAUCAAGAGGCGCUCAGGAAGAUCUCUUCGUUGUGGCUCACGCAGGAAGUCGUCGAUACUCGCACGUACGCGAGGAGUUCCCCUCAGUGGAAGCCUUUAUCUUCGUUCACCUAUCAGUAA